AUGGCGGAACCUCAGAGUGUGAUAACGCAGGUCUCUGCAGACCAGGGACCACCACCUUUGAUGCAAGACCAAGGCCAAGAUUUCUUGGAUGACGACUCUUUGAUUCAUUUGAACAUCCAGGAAAACCAUUACUAUAUUACUCGGGACCAGUUAAUGUCGCUGCCGGAAUCCCUUUUGCUGUGCCUUUUCCCGUCUGGAGUCUUCAUGGACAGAACAGGACAGGUUAUCACGAACCUAACAUCACAGGACGAGGUGUACGUGGGAAACUUCCCACCAGAUUGUUUCGAAUACAUUAUGGAAAAUUACGUGCGGGCACAAGAGGAUCUUAUCAAUUUCCCAGUAGAUGAGAUAUUUGACCUCGGCCACUCUUCUCAUGAGCCUUCGAGGUUUUUCGGCUUCACAUCGCCUUCAAGCAAUCCCUCAUCGUCAUCCGACUCAGAAGCCGACAUUCUACACGAGAAACCUAGUCUUAUAGUGCUUCGAGAGGACAUGGACUACUAUUGCGUGCCAGUGCAAUCAUUGGCGUACCCUGAGGACGCUUCUGAAGACUUGAAAAUGGAAUUGAGCGAAAACUUCAUUGCUCAGAUCAAGAUAGCUGCUGGCAGCUACUUGUCAUCCCAAACCAGUGUUUUCCAGGGGCUUCGUAGCUCUAAUAGACUGCAGAAGUCUACAAAAGGUGCAUCUAACGGCGUUCCUGGUAAGCUGGGUCCGGCUGAACAGCAUUUGAUGGACAUGCUGUGUUCUUCCGGGUUUCAGGAUUCUUCCAAAUGGGGGAACAGGGCACAGGAGCCGGGCAAAACGGUUAUAAGCUCAUUAUCUUUAUGCCGUUUGAUGAACGAAACCACGCAAGAAUUUCGUGACAAGUAUGAAGAGGCUAAGCGCAAGCAUGACGACAAAGUUGACGCGUCUCGUGCUCAAUCGGAAUCUCCAUCAUUGACCCCACUGGUGUCUCAAACGUCUCAAACUGCCGACUACAAGCGAAAGUCUAGACUUUCGUCACUAGCGGAUAACGUCCGUUCUCGUUCUACUUCAAGACAACGUUCGAGCUCUAGACAUCGUCACCAAGACGCGGCUCCAACGUUGUACGAACUUGUUCCCAAGCCCGAUAUCAAUUCGAAGCUUUUGUUGUUUUGGAAAAAGCCUGCGCGGAAGUGCUGGUGGGGUGAGGAGGAAGUGCGACUGGAUUUGAAACUUUACGGCAAGUACGACAAAGCUACUGGUGUGUUGUUGUUGUUGCCCGAGGGACCUAUUGUUGAUAUUGAGGUUCCUGUAAAGUUGCACAUAAGAAGAGUUUGGACGCUGGAGCUGAGCGUUGUGGGUGUGGAAUAA